AUGCCGGCGGUUAUCUUCAAGGCCAGCGACUACUAUGGAAUCAUGGCAGAAGAAUGCAGAUUGACCAUUGUCGGUAAGUUUCUAAGAACUCGACCUCAAAUAGAGAGAAUUCGAUCCAAAUUUGCUGAAAAAGUUAUUGUCAAGGGCAAUGUCAAGAUUGGGUAUAGACGCUCCAUAGAAAUAGAGGGGCAAUACGUUAAGCAGAUUGUUGGACCUAUUGUCACUCCAUUAUCUAUGGAUUUGGCUACUGAUCAUACAACGAGACCAAGUAUGGCUAAGGUAAUGGUGGAGGUAGACCUUACUAAACCUAAGCUAGAGUCGGUGUUUGUUGGUCAGGAAUAUGAGACCAAUCCGCUGAAAGGUUUUACCCAAAAGCUGGAGUAUGAAAAUGUCCCUAAGUACUAUCGACAUUGUAAGUUGCUAGGGCACUCAAUUCUGCAAUGUAGGAAAUUUAUAAAGCUGCCAGAUGGAUAUGAAAAUAACAAAGGAAAAAACAUCACUGACGAUAAGGAUACUAACUCUAAUCAGAUUGAAGGGGGGAAGGAGACACGACAAACAACAUGCAAAAAUCUAGAAAAAAUUCAACAAAAGUCUGAAGAGAAGGAACAAACUCUUGCCAAGAUUCUUUAG